GUACAGUUAUUUUUAGCAGAUUACUUUCACCGAUUCAGUAAAAUACACCUUUAUAAAUAAACAGUUUAAAACUUCCAUUAAUGAUGUUUUAAUAUAAAUUAAAUUUCUUAUGAAUGAACUCGGAUGAUUGUGAUGUUAUGUUUGUUUUUGUAAGAAAAUUGUGCAGCACUUUAGUGCUAAAAAUUACCUCACGACCUAGAAAAACUGAUUUACUCAUGUAUACUUGGUAGCAGUAAAGCUUUUCGUGAUGGCUUCUUUAAAGUUUAAAGAGGCGUGUUGCUUAGCAUUCUCUGGGCUUUUGUUUUUUUCAGGGUUAAUACUAAUAGGCGUCGCAUCUUAUUUACUUUUUAAAAUAUUCUACCACUAUACAUUUAUACCAUCAGGCAGCGUCGGUCCAUUUUUUGUGAUAUUUUUAUUAGGAAUAGCGCACUUGCUUGUAACAUGGCUGGGCAUUAAAGGACCCUCUAGGGAGCACAACUUCCAUAUAAUUUUGUUUAUAAUAUUGAUACUAAUUUUAUUGGCAUGCGAGUUCGCUGUUGGCGUAUGGUCGAUUAUUUUAUGGGACGAAAUUGAAGUGGGAUCAAUUGACUUAAUGACCCAGUCAUUUGAUGAGCUCAUCACAAUGAAUUAUUAUAAAAAAGAUUGGAAUAAAUUACAAACCCAACUUCAUUGCUGUGGGAUAAAUGGAUUAGGAGACUAUAAUAAAACUGAUGCAUAUCCUGCAUCUUGUUUUAUAAUUUCGCAAAAUUCUUCACAAGGAACUACCUAUAAGGAAGGUUGCAAGUUACCGCUUAUAAAAUAUGUUAAAACAAUUUUAAUUAAUGGAGCUAUUAUUGGAUUUUUAUGUGUAAUUUUUCAGGGCUUGGGAAUUUUUACCUUUUUUACCUUCUUCAGAAGUCUCCGAAAAGAAAGAGCAGAAAGAAUGGCUCGGCGAAUAGCGAUGCAACGGGAAAUGGCUAUCGCAAAUGCCGGCAAUAUGACUCAAAGCAGUACUCCAGCUGUUUCUUCUGCCCCACCAUCUCAAAACGGAUCGAUUCAGGUUGACCAUCCGUUUACUCAAAGAGCUUCAAGCAGUCCACCAGCUACUCCCCCCAUUUCGGUACAAAGUUAACAUGAUCAUUUAACUCUCAUAAUUUGACAGCCGUGCACAUUUAUAGACAGUAUGUAGCAACCACGGUAACACAGUAGGUUUUAUUUUCAAAACUAAUUUUAUUUAAUAUUUGUGCAUAAAUAUAGUUAUGUCGGAAAAAACACUGCGUUUUAUAUUGAAAGGCUUAGAGUAUUAUUAAAAUGUAUCCGUUUAUGGUUCUUAAUAAAUUUGAAGUAACAACCUACAA